GAGAGAGAGAGAGAGAGAGAGACUUCAUAUCCUGGAGAAAGCACCAAUAUAUGUGAAUCACUGAAUUCCUACAAAUGAUUCAAUGCAACGAAAUUUCUCUCUUAUGUGCCAUAUCUCUAGAAAGGAACUAGCAUUGCCAGAUGUGUUCAAUGAGUUUGCUUGCUGCUAAGCCCUGUAUCAAGGUUAGCACUGGCAAAUUCCCAUCUCGAAACUCCAUAAUUAUAAGAUCAGAAGUGGCUAUGGCUCCCCAGCACAGCAGCACACGCAUUUUUCCUGCGUUAUCAAAGCAUGGCAUUCCUCUUGCUGAUUUACAUGUGCAGGAAAUUGUAAAAAGGCAGUCACAGAGUAACAACUUAGCCCGGGAAGAUCCAUGUAAGAAGCAACGGUUCCACCCUAUGUUUCUUGAAGAAGCAUAUGAAAGGUGCAGGAACAUUUGUGCAGAAUAUGCCAAGACCUUCUAUCUAGGAACUUUGCUAAUGACCGAGGAGAGACAGAAAGCCAUAUGGGCCAUAUAUGUCUGGUGCAGGAGAACAGAUGAACUCGUCGAUGGCCCUAAUGCUGGUUAUCUGAGCUCUGCUUCUCUUGAUAAGUGGGAAGAGAGACUGCUAAACAUUUUUAAUGGACGCCCUUAUGACAUGCUCGAUGCUGCGCUAACUGAUACAGUUUUCAAGUUCCCUUUAGACAUUAAGCCAUUCAGGGACAUGAUUGAAGGAAUGAGAAUGGAUACAAGGAAAUGUUGCUAUGAGAACUUUCAAGAACUCUACCUUUACUGCUACUAUGUGGCUGGAACUGUGGGUUUAAUGAGUGUUCCAGUGAUGGGAAUUGCACCAGAAUCUCCGGUUUCUGCUCAAAAUAUAUACAAUGCAGCACUCUACUUGGGUAUAGGAAAUCAACUGACCAACAUCCUCAGAGAUGUAGGAGAGGAUGCUUUAAGAGGGAGAGUUUAUCUUCCCCAAGAUGAGCUUGCACAGUUUGGACUCUGCGACAAGGAUAUUUUCUCAAGGAAGGUAACUGAUAGAUGGAGAGAGUUCAUGAAAGAGCAGAUUACAAGAGCAAGGUUCUACUUCAAACUGGCAGAGGUGGGGGCUUCUCAGCUUGACAAGGCUAGCCGCUGGCCAGUAUGGUCAUCCUUACUAUUGUAUCGGAUGAUACUGGAUGCAAUUGAGGGCAACGAUUAUGAUAAUCUGACAAAGCGAGCCUACGUUGGAAGGAGUAAGAAACUUCUCAUGUUGCCUCUAGCAUACACUAGAUCUCUAUCCACCUCAAUCUCGAUCCUUCACUAACAAGGCAUUUUGUAAAUAGAAGUAAUAUCAUGUGGGUGUACUUUAACAAUGUUAUUGGAGCUUAAU